AUGGAUCUGGACAGCAUCCCCUCUGCCCGGGGCUUCCCUGGCUGGAGCGACCCUGCGCCCUCAAUCCAGUGUCCGCAGAAGGAGCCCUGCGAGAGUGCGCCCUUGGAAAGCGGCUACCUCAGCCUGAGCGUGGCGCCCGGUACCCGGGGCAGGACUCCGGAGGAGCAGGGCGCGGACCCUGAGUCACACAGCUGGCCUGAGCAGGACCGCGCCGAGAUGCAGAUGAAAGUGGACUUCUUCCGCAAGCUGGGCUACUCCUCCGAAGAGAUCCUGGUCGUCCUCCAGAAGCUGGGCUUGAGCGCGGACACCAACGCCGUCCUGGGGGAGCUGGUGAAGCACGGGGUGGCGGCGGGGGAGCGGGAGCCCGCCGACGCCUCGCAGGAGGCCCCAGAGCCACCCACAGCUCCGCUGCACAGGAGCCCCAUGCCGGCCGUGCUUUUGGAGGGGAAGGAGGACCAGAACCUGCGGCCCAUUGUCAUAGAUGGGAGCAACGUGGCCAUGAGCCAUGGGGAUAAAGACAUCUUCUCUUGCCGAGGCAUUCUGCUGGCUGUGAACUGGUUUCUUGACCGAGGACACACGGAUAUCACCGUCUUCGUGCCGUCCUGGAGAAAGGAGCAGUCGAGGCCAGACGUCCCCAUCACAGAUCAGCAUAUCCUGCACGACCUUGAGAAGAAGAAGAUCCUUGUCUUCACGCCUUCGCGGCGGGUGGGGGGCAAGCGGGUGGUCUGCUACGACGACCGCUUCAUUGUGAAGCUGGCCUACGAGUCGGACGGUGUCAUCGUGUCCAACGACACCUACCGAGACCUGCAGUUGGAGCGCCCGGAGUGGAAGAAGUUCAUCGAAGAGCGCUUGCUGAUGUACUCCUUCGUCAGUGACAAGUUCAUGCCUCCUGAUGACCCGCUAGGGCGACACGGUCCCAGCCUGGACAACUUCCUGAGGAAGAAGCCGGUGCUGCCCGAACUCCGAAAGCAGCAGUGUCCCUAUGGCAAAAAAUGUACGUACGGGAUCAAGUGCCGAUUCUACCACCCUGAGCGCCUCAACCACCUGCAGCGCUCCGUCGCCGACGAGCUGCGGGCCAAUGCGCGGCUGUCUCCCACCAGGAGUGCUGCUGCUGCCAAGGAAGAAGGGCUGGGCCGGCGCCCUGUCCAGGCUGAAAUCUUGGGCUCUGUGCCCCUCGAGGGUGACAAGAUCGCCUUGCUGAAAGCUGCGGAGAAGAACUUGGUCUCUAAAGCAAAGCACGGGGACGUACCACCCCACUUGCCCAAAGGCAGUACCAGCACAGGGGGAACCCCUGUUGGCAGCAGCUACCGGCCUCCGGAGUGGUACCAGCCACCCCCGCUCUCCCCCCACAUGGACUCCCUGUCCUAUGUGUCUCAGGACCGCCUUGACUCUGGCAUCGGCUCCUUGGAGAACCAGCUGUCUGAGAUGUGGCCCAGCCCUUUGGCAGGCCACGGCAAGCAUUCUCACCCGGAGCACCUGGGGAUGGCCGCCCACAGGGGGCAGAGCCCCGCCUACCACCUACCUCCUGGCCCCGAGUCCAGUAGCUACAGCCACUACCAGCCCCAUGGCUAUCCCAAGGCCAUCUCGGCACCGGCCUCCAAUGCCAGCUUCUUGCAGUAUAGUACAGAUCUGUCGCACACCAGAGCGGCUCACUCCUUUUCCAGUUACGGCGUGCCUCAUGACUCCGGUGCGUCUCUCAGCCAUGGGCGGAAGUAUUGGUCUGAGCCUUACCAGCCUCCCCCUGCAGCGCCCCGGGAUCUGCCCAGAGCCCCCCAGCUGGCCUACAGCGACUCCUGCCAGUGGGCGUCGCCCGACCGCUUUGCCGAAGAGCGUGCCAACGUGCACGUGAAGCUGUGUGGGAUCUUCCAUCCUCACCUGGUGGAUGCUGUCAUGAGCCGCUUCCCGCAGAUGCUGGACCCGCAGCAGCUGGCUGCCGAGAUCCUCACAUACAAGUCCCAGAACCCCAGGGUGUGAAGCU